CACACGACGACGAUAUCAGGAAGAUAUCUGUUACUCAAAGAGCGCCGGCGUCGGCAGACAACACACCACCGCCGCGAGCUGCAGCCGUUAGUCGCCUGCGCACCAUGUACGCUUGACCAAACUCACGCGCACUCGUGAAACUCAGUUGCCUGUACUAGGGCAGCAAACUACAAAACGAUAGAAACAAGUGUUGUGACGCUCCAGUUACCAUGACCAGUGAGGGUAAUAUAGAUCUUGAUGCGAUCCUGUCGCAGGUUGGUCAGUUUGGCCGAUACCAAGUCAAGACCUACUGCUUCUUCAUGCUGCCCAUUAUGUUCAGCGCCGUCUACAAUUCUCAGUUUGUUUUUGCUGCCAGUGCUACUGAUCACAGAUGUCUAGUCCCCGAGUGCGAGUCGUCGCCGCCGCAGUUCCAGCCGGGCGAGUGGGGGUCGUGGGCAUUCGGCGACGGCGACGGUCGCUGCGAGCGGCUUGUGCCCAUCGAUGACUCCUGCAAUCCGGACUCCUUCAAUUUUAACGAAACUAAGCAGUGCAAUGCUUGGAUCUAUAUGACUAACAACUCAAUUGUGUCUACAUUUGACCUGGCAUGUCAGGAGUGGAAGCGUACGCUAGUUGGCACCAUCCACAGCGCUGGUCUGUUCGCUGCAAUGCCUAUUACUGGUUACAUAUCAGAUACUUUAGGUCGUCGCACAGCGCUCAUCUUAACCGCGGUAUCAGCAGGCGUUGCGGGUGUUAUUCGCUCCUUUUCCACUGGAUACGUGAUGUAUCUCGUCUUCGAGUUUGCCGACGCCACCUUCGGUUCCGGCGUUUACAGCACCUGCUUUAUUCUUGCCCUUGAAAUGGUGGGACUCAACAGAAGAGUGCUAGGAGGCAACAUAAUUUCAAUUAUGUUUGCACUGGGACAGGUAUACCUGGCGUUAGUGGCGUGGGGCGUUCCCAACUGGAGAACAUUGACGCAAGUCUUGUAUGCUCCAUCGCUGCUUUUCGUCUUUUAUAUCCUUUUCAUCGAAGAGAGUGUGAGGUGGUUGCUCAGCAAGGGGAGGAAGAAGGAUGCUGCCAAGAUUAUAUUCAAAGUAGCAGCUACCAAUAACAAAAAACUUUCGCCAGAAACGAUCAAGCAAUUAAAUGAUGAUACGGUAAUAUUUCUACAGACCAGGGAAACAAAAACCCAGCAGGCGAGUAAAGACGCUGAAGCGGUGGAGCUUAAGCCGAAACAGAGAUCGCUGGCAAUGCAGGUGAUUCAAUCGCGGAUAUUAAUGACUCGGGUAUGCAUCUGUUCUUUUUGGUGGAUCGCUGUCACGUUCACGUACUACGGUUUGUCCAUCAACUCCGUAUCGCUGGUGGGUAAUAUGUACGUCAACUACAUCUUGACUGCGCUCGUCGAGAUCCCCGGGUAUGCAAUCAGUGUGUUGACACUCGACUGGUUCGGGCGGAAGAAAUCUAUCAUGACGGCGUUCACCAUCUGCGGUCUUUCACUGAUCGGUCUGGCGUUUACCCCAAGUAAUUUGCAGUGGCUGAUGACGACGUUGAACCUACUGGGCAAGCUGUGCAUAAGCAUGGCGUUUAGCAGCAUCUACAUUUACACGUCAGAGCUGUUCCCGACAGUGGCGCGCCACCGGCUACUCGCCGCCUGCUCCAUGUUCGGCAGGAUAGGCAACCUGGUCGCGCCGCAAACACCGUUACUAGCGUCUUACAUGGAGACACUGCCGUACUUGAUCUUCGGAGUGAUGGCGAUAAUAUCGGCGUUGUUGAUGCUGCUUACGCCGGAAACGCUUAAUAAGCGGCUGCCCGAUACAGUCGAGGAGGCCGAGGGCAUUGCCCCUCUUGCACCCUCCCACAACGCAGGCGCACCCGUGCAGACGCCGUAAAGCCAUGGUCCAGUGUCUAUUAAGUAUGAUAAAAAGAGGAUGAUUUUGAUUGUAUUUAUUAACUAUGACUAAGAUUUUUUAUCUCUUUUUAAUUUGUUCAAAUUUUAUGAAGCUGACAAUCUCUACGGUUACAUAAUGCUCGAUCAUGUUUAAAUAGUACAUAUGUUUUACUAGGGAAAAAUAAGGUAGCUGUGUAAAUAAAUCCUCGCUUGUGUCUGGGGUCAAAAGUAUCAAUUUCUUUCCGGUAACAUUGGUGUUCAUGUUCCACACGACGUUUUUCAGUGCAUUUGUGAGAAAACAGCCUUGUUGUUUGCUUUCCCACGUCGUCGAUUCCAUAAUGUACAGAUUAUUUGAACUACUCAUAUUUAUUUGUAUUACCAAAAU